CUGUGCCAAGCCUUCAACUGUUUAUCACAGCCAGGACAUCAAAUCUUCAAUACUGUGUUUCAGCUUUUUGCGUUGGAGAUAGAAAAAUAUCCCAGUUGAUUUGCACUGUAUUCCACCGGGUUUUGUCACCGAUCCGCAGACUUAUAUCCCAGUAUGCUGGAAAUUUUGCAGGUUUCAGGUACCGGCAAGGUGAAGUGACGUAACACAAGGCCAUAUGCAAAAUAGGAAGUCGUGACCUCUUCUGGACGAACCGCUCGACUGCGUUGAACUCGAAGUGCGUUUUCGCUCAAAUGCCUGACAGAGGCGCAGAGUAUCAGAAACCGAGCUGCGACUGCUUGCUAUUGUUUAGAACACGUCUUGCUGGGAAAUUCAUGUUAUUAUGGAUGAAACUGAGUAUACAGGGCAUGCUAUCAAGAGGACAGGUUCUCAAACUCCAGAAUAUGAGUUUGCAGAGGCAAAUACAUCAUUAAAACGACCACGGACCAAAGAAGAUUUCAUGGCAUUUUGUUGCACAGUACUAGCAUACACACAGUAUGAACAGUAUGAGGAAUUGUCACAGGAGGGCAUGCGGCAGGAUAACAACAUGAGCCCUUUGGACACAGACAGUGGGAGCAACAGUUCAGAGAAUCUCUCAGACUUGUCAUCCUGCACUGCUUCUGAUUCAGAACCUUCACCCAACUCCACUGCAUGCACAGAUGCUGGAGAUGAUAUUGACUCUAUCACUUGUUACUGCAUGAAGCCUUUUGCCAACCGUCCUAUGAUUGAAUGUGAUGAGUGCCAAUUAUGGAUUCACCUUUCAUGUGCAAAGAUCCGCAGAACCAAUAUCCCCAAAAAUUUUGUGUGUCAGCCAUGCAGAGACGCUAAAUAUACAGUGAGAAAAUCAGAUCGACAGAGGACAAUCAAAAAACGUUGACAGAGAUUCACAGUGACAGUUCUUCAGAGACAUAUUUUGGGAUUAUUCUUGUCAGUUUCCAUCAGGGGAACAGUUGUUGGUGAAUUUUACAUUUAUGACCCCUGUCUACAGAAUAUCAAGGACAAUGAUUGUUGUCUCUGCAAAUGCGAGUGACUGUGGAGAAUACAUGUGUGAGAUUUUUUUGGUGGGACAAUGGCAGCACAAAUGCAAAUUAUAUGUUGUUGAAAUUUCAAACCUAUACCCAUUUACCUACAAGAGAUUGUGUGUGUGUGGAUGUAUUUCAGCAGUACUGUUUCGCCAGCUGUUUCUUUAAGGAUGUGCACCAUGAGCCACAAACUUGUGAUGUUAUUUAAGCGACACUUAAAAAUGUAGUCUAAGCUUUAAACAUUAGUUUAUGUCAGAAAAUUUCUAGUGUAGCAAGUGAUUGAAAAGGGCAAUGUAUUCAGCUUAAAGCUCCAAACUUUAGCUAAAGGUGAUGUAAACUGCACACCUUUAAACAAACUUGUCUCUUACAAAUGCGAGUAUGCUCCCAGAUUUCGGCACAUUUCCUGCCCUUUACUGACAAGUUGGGUUUAAUGAAGAUCAUAAAAUGGAUCAAUUUUGGUCAUAGCCACUCUCAUACCUGUAUGUAUUCAUGGAGAGUUGAUCCAGUGAAUUAACUAGUUAUAGAAACUUGUUAAAAUUAAUUGCCAUUAUCUGCACAUGCUUGAAAAGUGUGACCUUUACCUUUGUUUCCACCAUAGGCCCUUUUUUUUUUUCCUGCAGUAAACAUAUAUCAUCUGGAAAGAUUUUCAUAAUUUAAAUUAACUCAUGUGUAAAUGCAAAAUUCAUUGUUAUAGUUUUAGGUAAGUGAGCUUACAUUGCAUUUUUUUUUUUUUUGACCAUUCCACAAAAUAAAAGACGUAAAAUCAAGACAUAUAUAACUGAACUUCCUUGUCUGAUCUAAAGGAGUGGGGUGGUGGCCUUUAUUUAACUCAACACUACAACCCCUAUGCAUGACAUCCACUUCAGCAAUACAUAAAACAUAUGUUUCAUUGCUGUUAUACAUAUAUUACAACAUAUUGAGACCAGUUCCUAUUGCAUGUUAACUUUACACUUAACCUUUUGUUGCUGAUAACUCCUAAGAGAGUUGUCAACUUGUUCUGAGGUUACUGUUUUGUGUUUUGGCAAUCGUUAAGGUCAAAUUUCCAGUUUAAUUCAAUAAUUCAUAAUGAUAAUUCUCUUUCAAGUAUAAUUUUUAAUGAUAUAUUAAUUUAAGAAUCAAAGGUACCUCAAAAUUAUUUUGCAAAUGUGGAUGUGAAUGUGUGAUGGGUUUUUGUAAAAAAAACAUUGUCGUGUAAAUAUGCAGAUUUUGUAUAGAUGAUGCUUUCGGUUACUGAUACAUUCACAAUUUGUUUAAAAAUAAAAAAUACAUGUAAGUGAUCCUUAAGGUCUUGUUUGGCAUCCCAAAAAUCAUUUAAAUAUCCCUAAAUUGGGAAGUCUUUAUUACAUAACGUCAGGUUUCACUGUAUUUUCUCCUAAUUUUGACAUGAUAAAUAUGGAACAAACGUCUGGGCUUACCAAACAUGACCAUAAGUAUCCAUACAAAUAUUUUUUUAAAAUUUAUUAAUUUGAAAAGAUUGAAUCGGUGACAGAUUUUACAUUUUUUGCUUUAUGGAGUAAAAGGGGAAUUAGCUGUUCUCUAUAGAAAAAAAGACCUAAAGGUUAACAUUUACUAUAUGUAUAUAUUGAAAACAUUUAAAAUAUUUUAACAAGUUGAAAGGGAUGGGUGAGGUGAAUGGAGCAUCUCCUACAGUCGGUUUAACAAAGUAUAUCGCAUUUCUAAUUGAAUUUUCAUUUAAGGCCGGUCAGAUGUGAUGCAGAUUUCUAGAAUGUGCAGACUGUGUAACUUUGCAUAGAUGAAACUUAGCUUAUUGAUGGAAUUUUUGUGCCUUGCUGCCCAGUCAAAUUAUAUUUUGCAUCUUUUUAGGAUAGAAAAAGAGGACAUUUCUUCAUGAGCAGUGUUUACUAAAAUUGUUCAGAGUUGGAGGACUACAUCCAUGCCUUCCUUCAGCCCAGUAAUUCCCACCAAGCAAAUAGGGGUAUAUGUAUAUUUAUUAGAAAUAUUGAGAUAACAGUUUUCUUUUAAAAGCAUUCCAUUUUUUUAUUUUUUUGGGGAAGCAUGGCUUUUUAAAAAAAAUUGUUUGGUUGCAGACAGCUAUGAUCAUGUUUUCCAGGUAUGAAAUAUGCAUACAGGACUAUGCUGGUCAUUUAGUUUCAGCUUCUUUUGUCACCUACUGUGCUGCUUUUUCUUACCUUUUGUAUAUGUUGCAGGAGGGGCUGAGAAACAUUCUGUAGUAAUAAAAAAAAAAAGAAGUCUCUUGCAUUCAGAAUAAUGAGUACAUAAAUUUUAUCACCGUGAAGCAAGAUUUAAAAAAAAAUGCUUCACGGUGAUAAAAUUAAAAAAAAAAAUCUUCUCAGAAUAAGAAUGUGAUAUCUCUAGAUAACAAAAAAAAUCUCAACAUUAACCCAAAUUUUAAAAGGCCAUUGGGAGGGAAAAUGCUGCGCAUAGAUUGCGUAGCAACAUGCUGGAAACGGGAAAAUAGUAUUCUAUAGUAAUAUAUUUCAAGGUGAUCUCUUAUAAAUAACAUAAAUGCUUUUCUUUUUUUCAUGGAUGCAUCAUGUAUGUAACAUAAAGGCCAAAGUGUUUCAUCUUUUAUCGUAAGAAUGUUUCUUGAAACAGAGUAUUGCACUUUGUAAAAUGUUUGUCAUCUACAGAGUCUUAGAGUUGAUAGUUCCAAAUCUUGUGAUAUGUUCAGACAAUAAAAGACAAGAAUGAA